AUGGGAUCUCAGUUCGCAGGAAAUUCCGGCUGGAGGAAACUCGAUGUUGGUGUCAUCGGCGGUGGUAUCGGUGGUCUAUCUGUGGCUAUCUCCCUUCGCCGCGCCGGCCACAAGGUCACCAUCUACGAGCGUGCAGACUUUGCCGGUGAGAAGGGAGCAUCAGUUUCGUGCGCCGCCAAUGGCACUCGUUGGCUAGAGGAGUGGGAGAUCGAUGUCCAGAAGGGAGACCCAGUGUACUUGAAGAAGCUGAUCAGCCGUGACUGGUACACUGGAGAGCCGUACAGCGUCUACGACCUAGCGGAUUACGAGAAGCGAUGGGGCUAUGUCUACUGGAUGUUCCACCGUCAAUACAUGCACGCCAUGCUCAAGGAGGCCGCUCUGGCUGAAGAAGGAAAGGGAGAGGCUGCCAAGCUUCUGGUUAACCACAAGUGCAAGUCCAUCGACAUGGAGGCCAACAAGAUCGAGUUUGAUAACGGUGUCACUGCCACGCAUGACCUCAUUAUCGGCGCAGAUGGCAUCGGCUCUGCAGUCAGAGGUGUUCUUGGCAUCCACCCCGAGAAGCGCCCUGGACCUGCCAGCUGCCUGCAUGCUAACGUCAUGACUGAGGAUGCUGUCAGACUCGGCCUGACUGAUUACUCCAAGGACAACGCCCUGGAGUACUGGGGUGGUCAAGAGGGCAAGUUCGACAAGAUUGUCCUGUCGCCUUGCAACGGUGGCAAGCUCCUGUCCUACUACUGCUUCUUCCCCCGUGACAAGGGUGACUACACAAGCCACACCUGGGGUGGCGAUGAUCUCCCGGUUGAGGAGCUUCUUGCUCCCUACCCUGAGCUCGACCGCCGUGUGAGGGAGCACCUGGCCAUCGGUAUCGAGGUGCAGCCCUGGCGACUGUGGAUCCACGACCCUUACCCUUACAUGAACAAGAAGAACGUUGCCAUCCUUGGUGACGCUGCUCACCCCAUGAUGCCUCACCAGAGCCAGGGCGCCUGCAUGGCCAUCGAGGAUGCCGCCGCUCUCGGCAUCGUGUUCAACCAGAAGUACUUCAACGGCAACGUCGCCGAGGCUCUGGAGAUCUACAGCCAGGUCCGCCUACCCCGAGUCACCAAGGUACAGGCCGCCGCCGCCAAGGCCGCCUACAACAUCAACGAGCGCAUCGGCUUCUCCAGCAACACCGACGUCGAAGGCUACAAGGUCGAGGACGAGUCCAAGAAGCUGACGGUCGAGGAGAUGAACGGCUACGACAUGUACAAGGACGUUGAAGAGAAGAUUGCCGCCCAGAAGGGCCAGCCCUGGACUGAGAAGUUCAUCACCGGCCUCCCCAUUGGCCUGCAGCUGUCCAACGGUGUCACCAUCGGUGCAUAA